AUGUCAAUCGAGAAAGAAUUCAAACCUCCUCCAUAUGAUCCGUCAUAUUCGAUUCACAAGUAUCCCACUGAUGACAAAAAAGGAUUUGAUGAGCUAGCAAAAGCAGAACUUGAAGUUUUCGAACCAAUUGAAAUCAACGGAAAGGUUGUGGAUUGGGAUUUCGUAAACUAUAAUGAACAAAUGGGGUAUGAAAUUACUACAUACGUAUCACAAGAUGCGCGGGCCAAGUACAAAGCAUCUAAAGAGGUUAAAACUAAAGAAGUUCUUGAUCUUCAGAGAUCGGGAUAUGCUAUACCCUUGCUAAAAACGGAUCAUUCCUGGAAAGCAUUAUACUCCCAUUCACUUAUGAAAAUUCUUAGAUUUGUUCCUCCUCCGGCAGACCAAAACAGAUUAUUCGACCCAAAGUUAGAUCGCUACGAGUUCUGCAUGGUAAGGAAGUGGGUCUGUUCAAGUUACAAUCGAUUUGAGUUCAAUUUUACACCUAAUCCUACAAAUAAGGCAGAGGACUUUACUCUCUAUAUGAUCUACCACCGUAGGAAUCCGAUUGCGGAUGUAUCCCCUUAUAAUGGAAAAAGAUACAGAUUCAUCACUCCAAAACUUUGGAGCUUAAAAAGGGAUUGGUCUUACGAAUUGCAUGAGUUGAGUGAAGAACAAGAUUCUCUUGCAGAUAAUUUGCAUAAGGAUGGUAAAGUGCCAAAGAAUAAUCCACUCCUUGGGUCUGCCUGGAAAAACAACAUUUUACCUCAGGUCAAAGACACCGAUCUGUUCAAAGGAAACGAGCUUGGGGUUGCUGUAUACCGAGAAAAAUUGUACAAAGUAGCUCCAGUUAGAUUUGGUUAUCUGAAAACGGUUCCUGGUGAAGCAGCACAACAGUGUGAUUCGGAGUCCAUUAAUUCCGUAUCAGACGAAGCUUUAGUCAUUCUUUGUUUGGUUUCCGUUUUAAAGAAUGUUGAAGAUAAUAGAGCUCUAGGCAUAGAUUUCUAG